UCUCGAGCUGAGCCUCCAGUUGACUUCCUCAGUGGGACGGAGACCAUGGCGGCGGCUGCUGCCUGCGGCCAGCACAGUGCUGCGAUAACGGCCGCUGUUACUGGCAAAAAGACGCAUAGUAACCGGGAACACACUCGGAGGAACCGGGAGAACUCUCGGCGGAGACAAGCCGCUCUUUUAUUCCUUAGUAACAUCUCCCUGGACGGACGGCCGGUCCAGAGUAAUGCAGCCGAACAUGUAGGAAGCCGCCACCAUAAAGAGACCGACUUGGAGGGAGCCGACUCCGGCUCUGCGGCGGCGGUGGCGGCCGGGUUAUGCCCGGAGCUGGGCAACAACAGCGGCUACGGGACAUUCGCCGGUUUGGCAGCCAACGUUAAUUCUUCCUCGGCACCAAGGACAGGACUCCUCAACAUACCGCCUAUCCUCGUCCUGCCGUCGGACACGGGCUUUGACGAAGUGGGGAGCGCGGAGGUGCUGCUGGAGUGCCGCAGAGGCUCGUACCCUUCGCCGGGGAACAGUAACCUGCUCUCACCGUCCACGUCUAACGCCAGCUUGCUACCGUCGCCACUGGGACCGCGGAAGUCCUCCACACUGCUGUCGGUUCAGAGCUGUAACUCCGUGUCCUCAGAGCCGCGACAAAGGACUCGAAACCUCUCGGGAGGCUCUCCCAGACCUCGACACACCAAGAAGAUCCACUUCAUCAAAAACAUGAAACAGUACGACACGAGAGGCAGCAGGAUCGUGCUGAUCUGUGCAAAGAGAUCUCUGUGUGCUGCCUUCUCUGUUCUGCCCUACGGAGAAAGCUUCUACCUCAGUGACCCUACGUUAAACCACCCCAGGAGGAGGCACUCGUCUGGAAACAUCUCCACCACCCUGGAGAUGCUGCCGGGGCUGGAGGGCUUUCAACUGGACACCUACGGCAGGUCGGUGUCGUACGCCCAGUUCCUGUACCCCACUAACGCUCUGGUGAGGCACAAGCCGUCGUCGACCAGCGACCUGACGCUGCAGAUUCCUGUGUCCAGGAGCACACACAGCAUGCCGGGCAGGAGCUGCCCACCCAGCAGACUGAACAGCACUGUGGGACUGGACCUAGGUCUGGAGGAUGUGACAGACUAUGACCCCAACCUCCUCAGUGACCCCCAGUGGCCUUGUGGGAAACACAAGCGGGUGCUGAUCUUCGCCUCCUACAUGACGACAGUAAUAGAAUACGUCAAACCGUCUGAUCUGAAGAAAGACAUGAACGAGACGUUUAAGGAGAAGUUUCCUCACAUUAAACUCACCCUCAGCAAGAUACGCAGUCUGAAGAGAGAGAUGAGAGUGGUUGGGGAGGACUGCGGCUUGCAGCCCGUCACCAUCGCAAUGGCGUUCGUCUACUUUGAGAAGUUGGUGCUGCAGGGUCGACUCAAUAAACAGAACAGGAAGUUGGUGUCAGCUGCCUGCAUCCUACUGGCUGCUAAGAUCAGCAGUGACCUCAAGAAACAGGAGGUCAAACACCUCAUCGAUAAGCUGGAGGAGCGUUUCAGGAUCAGCAGGAGGGAGCUGAUAUCGUUUGAGUUCACCAUCCUGGUCGCCCUGGAGAUGGCGCUCUACCUCCCUGAGAGUAAAGUCAUGCCACAUUACAGAAAGCUGGUGCAGCAGCAGCAGUCAUAGCAGCACACACACCGACCCCUCCCCGCAGGGACUCCCAGCACCUUCCAGCUCCACACUGUGACGGGCGGCGCCUCGUGAUGCCUGGCUCAGAGGUACUGAGGCACUGAGGAAUCCUCCUCUCUGCUCACACCACAGACACCAAAGCUCAUCCACACUGUGAUGGUAGUGCGACAGCAGGCCUGACGGCGUCUGGCUCAGCGGCACAGAGAGCGACAUCGCCUUCUCUCCUCCCUCCAACACCAAAGUGACGACACACUGUGAUCGAUGGUUCAGCGGCAGGACUGGUGCCUGGCUCAGCAGCACCACGAGAAUCACUGAGGGUCAAAUUCACAAGACUCAGACUCACGUCUUUCUCAUGGUUUGUUGUCUUUGUUUGAUCUUCAUAUACUUCACCUCCUGUCGGGUUGAAAAAGAUUUUCCUCACCAGCUCCUAGCAGAGAUUUUAGUCAUGGAGACUCUGCUGAACUCGACUCUGUGAGGAUUGUUGAAGCUUGUAUGACACAUUUACAUAAUUUUGGUUCAAUCUGGGAUUUUGUCAGGCAUUUAUGAAUCUUUGUUUAACAGGUUUGAGUCUUCCUUUCUAAGAUCUGUGCAGUUAAGAAGGCGAGAAACAUGUUGGCCAAAAAAAAAAAUGUCCCAAAGGUUUGGCUUCAGGUUUUACCACCAAACCUGUUCAUCUUUUAAAGUAGUGGUUCCCAACUAGUCCACACAGUUUAAUAUAUUCAGUGUCAUACUUGUGUUUGGUCAUGUCGUCGCGCUAGUUUGCUGUCUCUGUCAUGUAGCUGUCUGUUAGGCACUCACUCUGCAGCAGGAAACGGCACUUCAAAAUAAAGGCUCUGUGCUGGAAAUUCACUGUACGACCCACCAGUUGGGAACCACUGCUUUAAGGGCUCCUGAUGGGUGCAUGAAAUGCAGAAAAUCGAACCUGUUCCCAAAACCUAAAUGACAGAGUGAAGCUUCGGAGUCAGUAUGCAAAUGUGAUUGAAACAGUGUGAGGUCAUACGUGUUUAUUUAGAAGUGGUCAAAAAAACGGACUCAUUGUGCAGAGGCCUUCAGACUUAAUCAAAUUGCUGCCAUCACUUUCCAACAGUUUAAUAUUCCGAUUUUUCUUUUUUUGGACUAGAUUUUCUCCAGACCGCUGCGUGCUUUAGUUCUCCUUAUUUAACAUUUCUUAAGUCUAAAACUUUCAAGUCCACUGCCUCUGUAGCACUGUGGACUGCGAUAAGAAGAAAAUUGGACAGAAAGGCUAAAAAUAACCCGCCUUAUUUUGAUUUAAAUGUGCUGACAGUCAGGAGAAACAAAGCUUUGUGCUUUAGACAAUAAUUUUCCUGCAUUUAAAAGCAUCUUAAAUCAAUACUGCAGAAUGUUUUCUGCAGCUGCAGCAAAGAUGUUGCCAACAUUCCCAUAUUUGUGUUGAAACUUGCAUGAAAUUCAAUUUGAGGCGAUAAAUUCAGGCCACGAGGGGAGCUGGUACAGCACCGUGGUGACACUUUGUUGUGUGUCUUGUCCUCUGGCUGGACUGGUUUCAUCGCUCAGUCUCUUGUUUGGACUCUCACUCACAUUAAUGUCAUGAAGUCAGCACUUUUUAGAUUCUCUCUGAACAUCCAGCCGGCUGCCUCUAAAUCAUCACUGUGCUUGUAGCUUGUUUUCCGAAGACGUUAAUGCUCCCACUCAGAUGCUUCUUCACUGCUGUUUAUUGAGGGGGAGGUUCACUGCUUCACAUGAGCCAGCUUUAAUGUCUGACACAUGGAGCUGCAGUCUGCUGCUGUCAGAAGCUCCUCUGGAGCAGUGUAGAUGUUUAAGUGCCUUGCCUGAGGGCACCUGAAGAGCAGUUGUUCCCUUCCUGUCUGUCCCUGGAUCCAGAUAUUCAAACAGACCACUUCUCUUUUUUUUUACCUCUGUCUCGCUCUCAUGUUCUCGUCCCUCUUCCUCGCUGGUUUGGUGUGAACGAUCAGCAGGCUGCUGCUCACUCUGGUGGUCGCAGAGAAGCAGUGCACUUUUUAGAAAAAUGCUGUGGUGAUGAGGAGACACAGUCAGAUCACGUUGUAACCAUUCUAUAUACUAUGUUAAAUCUUGAAUGCAACUCAGCUGAUGUCACAUGGCAGCAGAGGCAGAUGAUCUGGUUGAUAUUCAGGGUGAAAUUUUAAAAUAGAAACCGAGAAUCUGUCACUAAAUUAAUAUAUUAGCAUCUGUCUGAUGUUAAUUACCACAUGUUUUGUUAAUGUAAGAGCUGGAACGAUUAGACGAUCAAUAUGGCAUUAAUCAGGUUUGGUUUUUAAGGCAGAAAUACCCCAACAGAACGAUGGUGGCUGUAUAAACACAUGAAUGAAAAGCCCUGAAACAGCCACGCUCACAUAAGGUCCAGGUAAUAACUGAUUAUGAUAUUUUUGGGACAGAUUUAAGGUGGACUGGAAACAGAUUAUUCAUGUUUCUUGGAGGGAGCUGGCUGUAGCUACAGACUUCCUCAAUUUAUCUGCACUGUGAACUUCACCAAAAAAGACCUUUCUGUUCAUGAACUACCUUAGAAAAACUAUGUUUCACUCCAAUGCUAUUUAUUCUGUUUUUACUGUGUCAUAAAGGGAGAAAUAUUUAACCAAACGGAGGCCUCUAACAGGACGGUUGUGCCUGUUGUUCCUCCUUAAAAUUGCUGUCUGAAUACAGUGGUUUUUUCUGCUUUACCCAGAAACAAGGUGGGUGUUUAGUUUUAUUUAAAAGGGGCGAUCAUUGGUUACAGGCGGCCAUGUUGGAUAAAAAACAACAGCACAAACACCUUCUGUAGGGCCUCUGUUUUUUUUGCACUUUGCCUUUUUGCUUCACAAUCCUGAAUCUUUAUUUUAUCACCAAGCAACAAGGGUAAUAAUAUUUUUCUACAUGAAAUGUAUGUUAUUGUAUUAUUGUAUACUGAAAAGUGACAGUCACUGAAAUUUAUUUAUUGCUUAUAAUCCUCCGGGUGAAGAAUCAUAUUUUAAUGAUGAUGCAAAGCAGAUAAUUCAGUUUAAUUUAAAAUAUUAUUCUUCAUCUUGAGGUUUCACAUCCAUGUUCUUCCACUGAUGUUACUUUCCCUCGUGUGUUAAAGGGACUUUGUUGUAUUUUGGAGUCUGGGUUCAUCUGCACUGGACUGUUGGAGCAGGAGAGCUGUUGGUGUUCAUACACACAGGUCCUGACAUGAUAUUGUGUUCCAAGUCGCUCUGUUGCGUAUUGCUAAGGGUUCGAGUCGGGUCAGGUUAAGUAAAAAAAAAAGUCCUCUUUCCCUCACUGACCGGGCUGAUCAUCUGCAUCCAUCUGCUUCCUGUGUUGAUAUGUGAAGCCCAGGUGGAGGAGGGAAAGGCUGCUUCAUCUGCCUGGUGAGCUAUUGGAGUGUGAUGAAGAAAGAAAAGUAUGACCAUGAGUUCAGGUUUUAAAUUUGCCAGGUCAAAUGUUAAAGAGUGAGACUGCCGAUAAUCUGCUCUUUUUUAAUUGUCAACAAAUUCCAUGAAAAGAUCAACACUAACAACGUGACGUUCUGUUGUCGUCUGUCUCUCAAAGCUUUACGGCCGUACUGUGUAGCUCCCACAUCUUACGAAGCCCUUAAAGCCCCAAAGUGUGAUAUUUAAGUUUUUUACUUUACAGGGGUCUGUACAAAGUACAUUCGUUACAAUUCAAUUUAAUACAACUCAUUUGUAUUUGCAAAGGCCAAUAUCACAAAUCAGAGUUUUCCUCAGAGGGCUUUACAGCAUGCGACAUCCCUCUGUCCUCUGACCCUCACAGUGGAUAAGGAAAAACUCCCCCAAAAAAACCUUUAACGCGAAAAAAAUGUCACAGAUAUAUCUCUUCUUUUUUUAAAAGACUCAGUAAUUUCUCAAACAGCUGGAUACUAUAGUUUUUAAAAGUGUUACUCAAACAGCAGUAAAUAGUGCAUUUGCUAGGGACUAUUUUAAUCGGCGGAUAAAUCCACAUUUGAUGCCCUAGUGAGUUUUUGAAUAGUUUUUGGCUGAUAUCAGUGCCUGAUAUACAUCGGGAUGAUGUAUAUCAGGCACUGAUAUACAGACAGUACUCGUUAGGAGAUGCAUUCUUUGUUUGAUUUGGUCUUUUCAUGAGAUUUUGUUGCACUUUGCAGUGGCGUGUGGUUUUCGUUGGUUCUGCACCGCUGUCUCUCUUUCCUCCACCUGCGGAUAAACACUAUGCGCCAUAAACACACAAGACUUUCACACUGAGCUGAAAUGAAACGUGCUCAUAAUUUUAGUUAAAAACAUAAACACUGAGCAUGUUUACAUGGACAGUUUGAUUCCCUUUUCAUUCGGAAUGAACGAUUAAAAGUG